AUUUGAUUUUUUUUUCAGGUGAAUUUCUACUCUAUCUUAUUUCGGGUGAAGAUUCCUUCUCUGAAAACAGAAAUUUUAAGUAAGGAAUUUGGCAGAAACAUGAGCGCUAAAUGGACCAUGGAAUUUGUUCAGAUAAUAUUUUUACUGGUUGCUCUUAUCUUUCUUCAGAUAAGGCUGAUUCAUAAGAUAGCCGAGCAAAUGGUUCUGUGGUAA